AUUUACCCAAUUUGUUACGUGCAGAGUCAUUUGAACUAAUUCCCACCCCAGCCACAGAGAUGUCUUGUACGGAGGUGGAAGAUGUGCAAAACCUUGCGACAUCCUUUGAAAAUCUCGGCCGCCCUCCCACCACCGGAAUAACGAAAUUGGGUAGAUCUAAGUCUCUGAAAAACCUAGCAAGCUGCCGUGAGAGUGUCGGCACCUUUUCUAUGGGUACGAGGAGGAAAUCACGCAGUUCCAUCUCCCUUAAAACUCUGUCAUCAACCAAAGCCGCUUCUACCGGAAACAACAAGGUGGAGGGCAAACUAGUACCCUCAUAUAUUCCACAGGUUCCAAUGAAACCCUCAUACGCUCCACAGAAUCCGUUUUUUAGUUUCCAUGACAGUGCCGAAGACAAAAGCCAACCUGAGUUUUGCAGCAAGUGUUCUUCAGAGCAUCUUCCUCGGGACUCUUGCCCUUUUAUCUUCUCUGAUACUUAUUUGAGCAAAGUAGUACGCUCAUAUAUUCCACAGGUUCCAAGAGAAGUCGUACCCUCAUUGAUACCCUCAUACGUUCCACACAAAUCAUUUUUUAGUUUCCAUGACGGUGCCAAAGUCAAAAGCCAACAUGAGUUUUGCAGCAAGUGUUCUUUAGAGCAUUGUCCUCUGCAAGCUUGCCCGUAUAUCUCCUGUGCUAUUUGUUUUAGGACUCACAACAGUUGGGGCUGCCCUUAUGAAGACUUUUUACCGCAAGGGGCUGACUUUGACCGGGUUAACUGCAUGGCAGUUUGCGCCUUUGACGGAGGUCUAAUUGAUGAGGAGAAGUGGGCUUGUACAUGGUGUCAUGGGAAAAUAGCCAAACUUACGGCCAAGUACACAGCUGCCAGGUUUAAGGCCUUGCGAGACUAUGAUCUUAAAUUUCCGGAGAAGUGGAUGCCUUGUACCGAAGCGGAAGAUGUGAGAAAACUGGCCAUCUCCUUUGAAAAUCUCGGCCGCCCUCUCUCCGUCGGUAUGAAGAAAUCCAAAUCUCUGAAAAACCUAGCAAGCUGCAAUGAGAGUUCCGGCUCCUUUUCUCCGGGUACAAGGAGGAGAUCACGCAGUUCCAGCUCCCUUAGAACUCUGCCAUCAACCGGAGACAAUACUAUCGGAAACAACAAGGUGGAGAGCAAACUAGUACCCUCAUAUAUUCCACAGGUUCCAAGUGAAGUGGUACCCUCAUUCAGACCCUCAUACGCUCCACACAAUCCAUUUUUUAGUUUCCAUGACAGUGCCGAAGACAAAAGCCAACUUGAGUUUUGCAGCAAGUGUUCUUUAGAGCAUCUUCCUCGGGACUCUUGCCCUUGUAUCUUCUCUGACAUUUAUUUGAGCAAAGUAGUACCCUCAUAUGUUCCAAGUGAAGUGGUACCCUCAUUGAGACCCUCAUACGUUCCAGACAAAUCAUUUUUUAACUUCCAUGACGGUGCCAAAGACGAAAGCGAACCUGAGUUUUGCAGCAAGUGUUCUUUAGAGCAUCUUCCUCGGCAAGCUUGCCCUUAUAUCUCCUGUGCUAUUUGUUUUAGGACUCACAGAAAUUGGGGCUGCCCUUAUGAAAACUUUUUGCCGCAAGGGGCUGACUUUAACCGGGAUAACUGCAUGGUAGUUUGCGCCUUUGAUGAUGCAGGUGUAUUUGAUGAGGAGAAGUGGGCUUGUACAUGGUGUCAUGGGAAAAUAGCCAAACUUACGGCCAAGAAAUGUUGCAUUUGCUUGAAAUUUGCAGACCACUGCUCCUAUGAAUGCCCUAAGGACGUGGACCGAGCUGCCAGGUUUAAGGCCUUGCGAGACUAUGAUCUUACAUUUCCAAAGAAGUGGGUUCCCUGUGGAGAUUACUUGGUCGAAGAGGAA